GGCACGGCCCUAAACCGCCCCCACAACAAACACACACACACACACAGAGGCUGUGAAAAGAAGACAGAGAGAGGCUGCAAAGCAGAGUUGUCUUUUUCUGCUUGCCUGUUUUAUUGUGUGGAGUAUUGUCACUGCAGGAUAAAGAGCUGAAUAUUUAUUCAAAUUUUCUAGAGAAGUAAGUUAUUGCACAACCCAUUUCUGCUGGUACCUCUGUGUCCUCACCAAGCCCUGCUUCAGACAGACUGUUUCAGCGCUUGCUUACAGAGUCCAGUUCUUCAGCCUCGGCUCCAUCUGUGUCGUCCUCCCAUCUGGCUAGGUGUCCAGUAUCCAGCGUUCUGUCCCUGCUGCCCCCCCCCGUAGACCCAGCCCUACAGCUGCCACUGCCCGCCCGGACUCCGUACAGUCCCAGUCCGGCUUCACCAUGGUUUGGUGUGAGGACAUGGAGUGUGGGGUUUGCUACCAACCCUACUCCCGUGAGGAGCGGGUCCCCCGAGUUCUGCACUGCAGACACACCUUCUGCGCCACCUGCUUAGAGACCAUUUCCCUGCCGAAGAGUGGCCUGCUCACCGUGCGUUGCCCACUCUGCCGACAGACCACUUGUAUAGGUCGCGGCCUUACGCUCCACGAAGCGUUGUGGGUCAAUUCGCGCCUCUGGGACAACAUUUCUGAAAGUGAAGAAGAGCAGGACCAGGUGAUAGAGGUGAUGGAUGAGGAGGAGGAGGAGGAAGAAGAAGAAGAGGGGAUGGAGGCUAAUGUACCGACACACGCUGCCUCACAAGCCAAAGGCCCUACUCCAAAGCCCACAAGACCAAAACUUAAACUACCAGCCUUCUUCAGGAAAUUCAUUCUGUCAAAACCACAGCACCAAGAGCGGAUUGUGCCUGUCUGUACCAAUGUGGAGAUGAAAUCCUGGCGCAGGCUUUCAGCUGCUGAGACCUUUUAGUAGGUCAGCCACAUAUUGAUGGACUAUUCAGGAUGCGCAGUCAGCUGCUUCAGCCAACGCGCAGUCAACUGCUUCAAGUCAACUUUUCUGCUCUUCUGCCAGCCUCUUAUGGAAUUGCUAUGCCCUCAUUCUUUACUGUCAUGUCACAGACACUGAAGAUGGGGCUGACUGGAGCACCAGCAGAUCAGAAGAGUUCCUCUGGGAUUGCAGCAAUUGUCUCUUUCAACAAGGUGUACAUUACCAGCUGACCCAACUGUCAACCCUGUCAGGAGAGUUUAGAGACGGUGUUCCAAAUGGCACUCCUGUGGUUAAAAGUAGUGGACUACAUAGGGAAUAGGAUCUGAUUUGGGAGACCCUCAGAGAGAAAUCUAGAAUCUAUCCAUGUGUCUGACUGACAAGACAGGCUUCAUUGUUGAAGCACUGACAUCUCCACAGUUUCUCCCGUCUCCCUCCCCAUUAGUUAUUCUGGCUGUAAUUUUUCACAGCUGGUGCAUUGGGAUUUUGGAUUUGGUUCAGCUGUCCCUUUAUAGGACAGACAGCCUAGUGGAAGCCAGGGUAACCCCCCCCCCUUUACUUAACAGAUGCCCCC